GCGGCGCGUCAAACCAAGAAUGCUCCGCGUCGUUCGGUUGCUUGCAGUGCCGUCACUGUGUAAACGGGCUUCUCAUGUUCUAUUGCUCAGGAAUGCAAGGGGCGGACACACAACUGUAAUAACCGUGUCUUCAGUCGAACAACCGUAUUCAAACUUAACUUCUCAGUGAAGGACGGUAGUCGGUUCUUUAUACGGAUCUUUUCAAACGCGUUUAACAUCCUCACAGAGACAAACUGGAUUCUGAUACUUCACUCACGGACUCUCUGGAAAACCGUCUAUUUUUUACGCUUUUCUUCGAAAUGACAGAAAACUCGACACUAUUUUAAACUAGAAUUUUUCAAAAUUACAUUGUAUCUUAAUUUACACUUUGUUGUACGCUACCAUAUACAGUCAUCAACGCGCUAUUUUUAAGUGCCCUUGGCAAGCGCGCGCUGGACUGCUAGACGCACUCUUAACUUUGAGUCAGUAUUACUUAAUUUAUGACUUAAGUAAAUAUUUAAGUACGAAUAGAAUUUAAUCAGCUUCGUUUACCAGCUUAUUCUUAUUGUUCAGUUACUGAGUUAUUGUUUUGUGACACGCCUCAACUGUCAAUCUGUGGCACAGCCAUGAACUAGAUCUAGCUGCAGAAAAAGAAAAAACCUACAUUUAAAUCAGCUGUUGGUUCUUUUUUUUAUCUAUACAUUUUCAACAAGGUCGCCGCUAAACAUUAGACAAAACUGAAGUGCGAUUCAUUCUCAAUUCUUCGGUAGUUUUUCUCUUUUUCAUAAACUUUUGGGUCGCGUGAUGUAUUGAUCCGGGUUUUAAGGAUGUCUUUUCACAACAGUGCGUCCAAUUCGAAAAAGCUGCUUGUUCUUGGGUUUUUGCUUCUGGCUCGUUCAGUUUUAUGUCACCGGUUUGUUGAAGCAUCCAACUCUAGCUCUUAUGAUUUGGGGUCUGUUAUUCUGGAGCCUCUGGAUGGGCUGAGAAGAUACAUGGAGUCCAUUGUUGGCACGCACGUGAUUGGGAUUUGUGCAGAGUUUGUUGAAAUGUUGCUGAAGUUUGUCGCUGAAGGAGCUGCCAGUGGACUGAAUGUCAUUGCUGCCUACGUAUCUGAAAUUCUCCGAGCUACAGGAGUGAACGAGACAAUAUCUAUCCCUCAUUUCACCGCUGAGGGCGUUUCUACCGUCACCAAAUUGGCACUGCUGGCUCUGACUAGUUAUUGGAUCCUGUCUGUCUUGCUGCGGGUCACUGUGGCGUUUGUAAGGUGGGUUUUUUGGCUGCUUAAAUUGGUCGUAGUCCUGUGGCUCUUCACACGGAUUGUCAGUGACCCCACUGCCUCGCCAGAUACCACCAUAAUGAGACUGACACUACUUGUGCUUAUCUGUGCUGUGUUUGGAGUCGCUACGAGCAACAGUGGUGAGAAGGCAGCCAGUCUUGAGAGCCGAGUCAGCAGCCUGGAGGUACGAGUCAAAGGGAUGGUAAAGAAGAAAAAAGAGUAAUAAGCAACUCAAAACAAGGAGGAAAGCAGAUGAGGUGGAGCAAUGCUACAGACUCACGAAAAAAGGGAGAUAAGGACUCAGGGAUGAAACUGGCCACGUCUAUACUGCAGCUAAAUACAGUUGUCACUCUGCUUCUAAGUGCUCAAACAAUUAUAUUCUGUACACACAGAAUUCGAUUUUUUAUGGGAGUGAGAACAGCAUUCUACAACUGAAUUCAAUCCUGAAAAAUUCAGGUAGUGACAUCCAUAUUUACAUUAAAUCCACCUAGUAUGUACGUAGCUGAACUGAUCUUCUGGUUGUCAAUGAAGUAAUAGCGCAUGCCCAUUUUUGUACAUUUUCAUUUGAAAAUUCUCAUUUGAAUUUUUCUAUUUCCUAACGUUAUUGUUUUCUGAAUUAUGCAGUACUAGAGAGUGUUUUCAGUGCAGGAAAAUGCUGUUGCAUUGUGGACGAGAUGCAUAAAUGUACGUUUACAAUAGCAAGAUGCCAAACCGUUGUAUAUGGAUUGAUCACUCUAUCAAUAAUUGCAAUUUCAGGCGUGAUUCCUGUACUCCAUGCAUACAUGGAAUAAAAAAUAUGCAUUUAAAUGCGGUUGUCACUCACAAAAUGUUGCAGUGUGUACAUGGCCUCUGAUUGUAACUUAAUUCAGAAGCAUUGGGAUUGUUUUUGUCUGACUUUGUCUUAUCACUCUGUACUUCAUGUGAAACAGCUCCUUAUUUCUGGUGGUAUUUCACAAUAGCCAGUCAAACAUGUUUUCAUGAAAUUAUCUAUUUCUACAAGAAUGUAAAGGACGAACAAGACAAAACCCAAUCAGACAACCUGUGUGAAUUGUGUGAAAUUAUUAAGUUUUCUUUGAAUGUUUUCUGUUCCCUCAGAUUUUUUCAGGGAUUGUUAUUGUUUUUUCUGUGCCCUUUGAUCAUUUGAAAUGAUGAACAGAUUUAGAUAGGGUUUAAAAGUACUCAUUGAUAAAAGUAAACAAAAGUGCAAAAUGUGCAAUUCAAAAUGUAAUUUAAGCCUUAAAAUAAACAAAGUUUUAGUAUUUUGAAAAAUGUAAAACAAAGAAAAUUUGUGACAAUGCAACCUUGUUACAUUGAACAUGUUAAAGGAAAAAUUAAAAUUCUCUCAUUUACUCACCCUCA